AUGGAAGGCAAAACAUCCUAUAGUGACUUGGUCAUUAUUGGGGCUGGUCCUGCCGGCCUGAUGGCAGCCGCCUGGGCGAGUCGGCAAGGUAUCAACGCACGAAUCAUAGACGACAAUGCUGAGAGGGUCCAAAAAGGCCGGGCUGACGGGUUGCAUGUUCGGACAAUGGAAAUCCUGGACAGCUUUGGUUUGGCAACUUCGAUCGAGGAGAAAGCCUAUACCCUGCGAGAGAUUUGUGCCUGGAACCCUGACGCUGAAAAUGAUGAUAGGAUUCGACGCACUCAGCGUGUCUUAUCCCGAGAAGAAGAACUAGGUCGUUACCAUCAACUAGGGAUACAUCAAGGGUUUAUAGAGCAGAAGUUCAACGACUUACUGGAAGCUGAAGGUCGGCUUUCCGUCGAGCGGAACAUAAAGACAGUAUCCCUGGAUCUAGACAAGGCCAGCUCGACCAACCAGAAUGCAUAUCCAGCCACUCUUCGCAUUCGCCGUCCAGACGAGGCUUGCAAUAGAGAAACACCAAAUGGGAAUGGUACGAAUCUUUCCAACUCGCUUGAAUCUCAGCUAAAAGGAUCAGCCAACAUCUGGCACGAAGAAAUCAUCAAAGCCAAGUACCUUCUCGGUACGGACGGCGCUCACAGCUGGACCAGACGACAGGUUGGACUGAGCAUGACCGGCGACAGAACUGAGAAGCAUUUCGGAGUCAUUGACAUCAUUCCCCUUUCAGACUUCCCUGAUAUACGAAUUUCAUGUUCUAUACAUUCAGCGAACCAUGGCAGCGUCAUGACAUUCCCUAGAGAAGGUCGACUCGUGAGAUUCUACGUCCAACUAGCCGAAACCGAAGGAGAAGAGUUCGACAAGACGAAGAUCACUCCCGACAUGAUUGUGCAAAGAGCGUCACAAAUCCUCAGCCCAUACAAGCUUGAUUACGACUACUGCGACUGGUGGUCGGUAUACAUGGUCGGGCAGCAAUACGCGUCCACCUUCGACAAACAUAACCGAAUCUUCCUGGCGGGAGACGCUGUCCAUACGCAUUCGCCUUCAAUGGGCGCCGGCAUGAACGUGUCGAUGCAAGACACAUACAACCUGGGAUGGAAACUGGGUCAAGUCAUUAAGGGCAUUGCACAACCACACAUCCUGGGCACAUAUACUGCCGAAAGACGCGCCGUGGCGGCUGAAUUGAUGGAGAUGGAUCAGAGGAUGAGCAAGUUCUACUGUGAAGGACCGACAUCAGAUGCACACGACUACAGCAAAUUCCGCGAUGAAUUCCGCACCUUUCUCAGCGGUGUUGGUGUGGAAUACGGUCCCAACAUCUUGGUUCCGCCAGUCCGUGAUGACAAGGAGGGUGCGAUCGCCGAACCGAGAAAUGGCUCCUACGAGACAGACCAGUCCAAGCUGUACUCGGAACAGUCACUAGCCACCAAGAUCAUUGUCGGCCAGCGUCUGCCAUCGCACCAGGUGAUGAAUCAUGCCGAAGCCAACAUUGUGCACGUGCAUUCUGUGCUCAAGUCCGACGGCCGUUGGCGGGUCCUGCUUCUGGCGGGAGAUAUCGGCCAGCCGCACCAAAUGGCUCGCUUGAAAACCGUCUGUGAUUAUCUGGCCAGUCCGUCGUCUUUUGUGCACAUCUACACACCCGACGGCGGGAAGAUUGAUUCUGUUAUUGAAGUAUUGACCAUCCACGCCGCGUCUCGUCCGGAGGUCGAGUUCUCAAGCCUACCCGAGAUCCUGAGGCCUUUUGAUCCCAAGCUCGGGUAUGACUAUUGGAAGUGUUUUGCCAACAACAAUCACGGUGAGGAAGGACGGUUCAGUGACGCAUAUGAAGAAUGGGGUGUGGAUAAAAACAGAGGGUGCAUCGUUGUCGUCAGACCAGAUCAGCACGUCUCUUACCUCUGCGAACUUGAGGAGAUUGAGCAGGUCACCCAGUAUUUCAGCCAGAUUUUGGUGCGGCAGAAACUGGACAAUUAG